AUGUCGACGUUGGCGAAGAAGAUUUUUUUAAGGAGCUCGGACGGCAUGAUCUUUCAGGUUGAAGAAACGGUGGCUCUCCAGUCCCAGACCAUAGCUGACAUGGUUAAAGAUGAUUCCGUCAGUCACCAAAUCCGUAUCCCCAACGUCACCGGAGAUAUCCUUGAAAUGGUGAUCAAGUACUGCAAGAAGCACGUCGUCGCAUCCUCUUCUUCCUCCGAAGAGAAGCUCAAGAAGUGGGACACUGACUUUGUGAGCAAGAUGGAUCGAUCAACGCUCGUUCGCAUGAUAAACGCUGCUUAUUAUCUAAACAUCAAAGAUCUUUUUGAUCUUACUUGCAAGAACGUUGCUGAUAGGAUCAUGGCAUGCAGAACUGUGGAAGAGAUUCAUGAUUUUUUAGGCGCCUAG